UUGAUUGUUUGGUUGCCUGGAAAAUGUAGGAAAGUUCCUUCGAUUUACAAUUUCUCUAUCGUUUCUCAGUAGCCAAACAGAUUUUAAAGCUCGCGAUUCAGGAACGAUUGAGAUUUGUUCACUCUUUUAGCUGUUUGGCUGCUGAGAAAAUGAACCUACAUCAUUUGAAUUUCGAUCAAAUUUUUACUUUUCGAAUCUGACUCGACCACGAUCGUUCACUUCAAAUUCUAAGAUUUCUCCCCAUUUUGAGCAACAAUAGCAAUAAUCUCGUAUAAGAAAUCCGAUUUUCUUUUAUUUUCAAGGCAACCAAACAGAUCGUACGAGUUUUCCUUCCUAACUGACGCUCUUUCUGUGUUUUUAUUUUUUGCAGCUUCGAAUUAGCUUCUGAACGCGGCAAGAUAAUGGCGAGUAUGACAAUAUGUGCUCGAUUCCGGCCUUUGAGCUCCAAAGAGAGAAGAGAUCACGGCGAUGCAGUCUGCAUUCAACACGUAGACUCCGAAACUUUCAGUUUCAAGGAUGAGAAGGAUGAAGAAUUCACAUUUAGCUUUGAUAAGGUGUUCUACGAGAAAUCUGAGCAGGCUCAAGUGUAUGAAUUUCUAGCUUCGCCUAUUGUGCGAGAUGCUGUUGAUGCAAUCAAUGGGACGAUCGUUACUUAUGGACAGACUGGAGCGGGUAAGACAUAUAGCAUGGAGGGGCCUAGCAUACUGGUACGUGACGAGCAGAAGAGAGGAUUACUUCCAAGAGUAGUUGAGGGUCUGUUUGAUUGCAUUAAAUCUUCUGAAAGAACAAUGAAGCACUCAAUCAAAUUGUCAAUGGUAGAGAUCUACAUGGAAAGAGUAAGGGACCUUUUUGAUUUAGCAAAAGACAACAUACAGAUUAAGGAAAGUAAAUCGCAGGGGAUAUUGUUAAAUGGAGUAACAGAGAUCUCUGUGUCGAGUCCUGCAGAAGCAUUGCAAAGCCUAUCUAAUGGCAUAGCUAACAGGGCUGUGGGAGAGACCCAAAUGAAUGUGUCCAGCAGCAGAAGCCACUGCAUAUACAUAUUCACAGUUCAGCAAGAAGUAAAGAAAGAUGAGAGGUCGAAAGCUGGAAAGUUAAUUCUUGUAGACUUGGCUGGAUCUGAGAAGGUAGAGAAAACCGGAGCUGAGGGAAAAGUUCUUGAAGAAGCUAAGACAAUCAACAAGUCUCUCUCAGCCCUUGGAAAUGUGAUAAAUGCUCUCACAUGCUGGUCAUCGGGCAAAGCAAACCACAUUCCCUUCCGCGAUUCCAAGCUCACUCGGAUUUUACAAGAUUCACUGGGAGGUAACUCGCGUACUGCAUUGUUGUGUUGUUGCUCACCAAGCCCUUCGAAUGCGUUGGAGAGUCUGUCCACUCUUCGCUUUGGGAUGAGGGCAAAGCAUAUAAAGAUGUCACCGCGUCUCAAGGGUCACGAAGAUAAAUCUGCUAAAAAGAACGGACCUCCCUCCCCAACUAAAGAUGAGUCAUGCGAGAUAAUUCUUGAGAUGUUGAGGGAGAGAUUUGAUGCCGAAGAUGUGAAGUUACUCGAGGAGUUGUUCACAUUGAGUGGAAUUCUCUUUGAUCCUUCUUCGCCUGAAGAGGUAGACUCAGCAUUGGCGGAUGUUACUUCACAGACGAUUACCUUACUGCAGCAAGCAGUGGAAGAUCUUGCAUCCACCGUUGAGGAGGUACGUGUUACUUGGUACCGAGAAUGGCGUGUAAACAGCCUUGUCUACUUUCUUCAAUAUGAAUUUUGUUGUGCCGGUUUUAUGCCGUUGCAGCUUAAGAGGGAGAAUAAGGCACUGAAGAACGAAUUAGCAGCUGCUAAAAGAUCGGAUGCACAAAGCGAAGCGGCUGGAGAUACUUCAAUUGUUCUGCAUAAACCUUCAGGAAUUAUCAGUUCCGUUGUGUCACGGGUCAGGUCACUCUCUUCUAUCAAGUUGUUGAAAUGAUAAGAGUAUAAUCCUGCCUGACAUGUGAGAUUAAUCGAACAUCGCUCAUAUUUUAAAGAACUGCAACAGUAGGGUAGAGGCACCGACCGUGUCAUACAUAGAGCAUUUCUCACAAAAGCAUGAGAUCUCUGUAUUUUAGUCUCACUCAACCUUACGUAGUGCUAACCGGUCUAGCUGCCCUAGUAAGGCAGCCUUACUGAAUUCUUUCAAAGCUAAGUAGAAAUAUAGAAUAUUUCACUCACC